GAAAACAUAUGCACAGUGCCACAUAGUUCAGCUAGCUACCAUGGCGCUCUACUAUGGCAGCGCCCUCUCGGCCGUCCUGCUGCUCUCCUUGUUGGUUCUCUCGCUCUCUGACGACGCGCCACCGUCCACACCGGUGUCACCUUCCACCGCGUGCAACGACACGACGGACCCCACGUUCUGCCGGACCGUGCUGCCGCCGCACGGCACGAGCGACCUAUACACCUACGGCCGCUUCUCCGUCGCCAAGUCCCUGGCCAGCGCCAACAAGUUCGUCGGCCUCGUCGACCGCUACCUGUCCCGCCACCGCCACCUCUCACGCAGCGCGAUCGGCGCGCUGCAGGACUGCAAGCUCCUCUCCGAGCUCAACGUCGACUUCCUCUCCGCCACCGGCACUGCGCUCCAGGGCACGGAGACGCUCCUCGACCCGCAGGCCGACGACGUGCAGACGUUGCUCUCAGCAAUCCUGACCAACCAGGAGACAUGCCUCGAUGGCCUGCAGGCCGCGUCGGGGUCGUGGUCCGAUCGUGGUGGCGGCCUCGCCGAGCCCAUCUCCAACGGCACCAAGCUCUACAGCCUCUCGCUGUCGCUCUUCACCAGGGCAUGGGUGCCCACGGCGAAGGCGCCCAAGGGAGCCAAGAAACCGCACCACGGCCACAAGAAGCCGCCGGCAGCCCCGGCGCAUGCGAGGAGGGGGCUGUUCGACGCGAACGACGUGGAGAUGGUCCGGAGGAUGGCCAUCGAGGGGCCACAAGGGACGGUGGCGGUGAACAGGGCGGUGACCGUGGACCAGGGCGGCUCCGGGAACUACACGACGGUAGGGAACGCCGUGGCGGCCGCGCCAACCAACCUGAACGGCAGCGCCGGGUACUACGUCAUAUACGUGCUCGCAGGCGUGUACGAGGAGAACGUGGAGGUGCCCAAAAAGAUGAAGUACGUCAUGAUGAUCGGCGAUGGGAUCGGACAAACGGUGAUCACCGGCAACCGGAGUGUUGUCGACGGCUGGACGACCUUCCACUCGGCCACCGUUGCUGUGCAUGGACAAGGAUUCGUGGCGAUGAACAUGACGAUCCGGAACACGGCCGGCCCGGCGAAGCACCAGGCGGUGGCGCUCCGGUCGAGCGCCGACCUGUCGACCUUCUACAGCUGCAGCUUCGAGGCGUACCAAGACACGCUCUACACACACUCCCUCCGCCAGUUCUACCGCGGCUGCGAGGUGCACGGCACCGUGGACUACGUGUUCGGCAACGCCGCCGUCGUGUUCCAGGACUGCACCUUCUACUCCCGCCUCCCCAUGCAGGGCCAGAGCAACACCGUCACGGCGCAGGGCCGCACCAACCCGGAGCAGAACACCGGCACCUCCAUCCAGGGCUGCACCCUCCUCCCGUCCCCGGAGCUCGCGGCCAAUGCCGCCUUUGACACGCGCACCUUCCUCGGCCGGCCGUGGAAGAACUACUCGCGCACGGUGGUCAUGGAGUCGUACAUCGGCGGGCUCGUCGACGCCACGGGGUGGAUGCCGUGGUCCGGAGACUUCGCGCUCGGCACGCUCUACUACGCCGAGUACAACAACUCUGGUCCGGGUGCCGACACCGGCCGUCGGGUCACCUGGCCGGGCUACCACGUGCUAGGCGACGGCGCCGAUGCCGGCAACUUUACCGUCGACAGCAUGGUGCUCGGGGGCAACUGGCUGCCGCAGACCGGCGUGCCCUUCACCAGCGGAUUGAAGUAUUGACCCGUCAACUUAUCAUAUAUGCUUUGAACUGUAGACAUAUAUUUACAGUAGGUAAAUCACCUACUGUUUGUCGUAAAAAACUACAAACGUAUUGAUGAUGUGGUCUGACUACUUCGGCUUAACUAUAUGAUUAGAGGUGGAAGGACGUACGUAAGCAACGAUAACAGGUACAGUAGUGUUAUGUGGAUUUGCUAGCCGGCUACUUUUUGCUACCUAUAGAUCUUUUGUAUACGUGUGUAACAAUGAGAUAAAGUUGUAUUACAUGGAAAGCUAAUUGUGGUUCACAGCCUAA